CGGCUUUCAUAGGGUGGAGGGAAGCUCAUCAGUGGGGCUACAAGCUGAGUGCGUCACGUCACUCUGUAGCGCGUCCCCUGGGAAGGUCUGAGACUAGGGCCAAAGGCGGCCCUAACAGGGCCCUCCCUGAGCGCGGGGAGGUGAGUUCCCAGAGAGCGGGUCUCCGUGCGAGGGCAGACCGGGCAGGAGAAGCCGAGCUCUCCCGCCGCGGGGAGGGCCUGGUGGAUGCCCCCUUAGCCGGAGCUUGGAACAGACUCACGGCCGGCGCGCUGAGUUCAAUGGCUGAGAAGACACCAGAACUAGAUCUGAGUUUCAUGUUUCCAGUCUGGACUUCUUCAGGGCUGCAAAUCCAGAAUGAAGAACAAAUGAUGACUUCAUUUUUAUUUUAUGUUCUUAUUUAGAUGAAGUGAUUCCUAUCAUAUGGGAUUAAAGUAUAUGUAUGAUGGUAGAUGAUUCUCAAAAUUAAAGAUGAAAAGCUGACUCUUUACCAGAAAUAAUGUUACAGAAUCAACUUGCAAAAAUUAUGUGAUUGUGGUGCUUGAUCCUGUAGGAGACACUGAAGAAUGACUAUACAGUGUAUGUGAAAUGUCCUUUAAGCAGAAAAGUCACACAGUUGCUACACGUCUGCACAAGAGCAAAGAGAAGUGACCGGUAACAACAGCCUUCGCGUGGGACGCUUACUCACCUUAAACCCUGCCUCCCGGCAAGGAGGGCCGGCGCCUCAAGCUUACGGUCUUUUCAGCACCAGGAGACCGCAUGAUCAUGUCUUUGUGUGAAGACAUGCUGCUUUGUAAUUAUCGAAAGUGUCGAAUCAAACUGUCUGGUUAUGCAUGGGUCACUGCCUGCUCUCACAUCUUCUGUGAUCAGCACGGCAGUGGUGAGUUUGGUCGUUCACCUGCUAUCUGCCCUGCUUGCAACAGUACGCUUUCUGGAAAGUUAGAUAUUGUCCGCACAGAACUCAGUCCAUCAGAAGAAUAUAAAGCUAUGGUAUUGGCAGGGCUACGGCCAGAGAUUGUGUUGGACAUUAGCUCCCGAGCAUUGGCCUUCUGGACAUACCAGGUACAUCAGGAACGUCUCUAUCAAGAAUACAAUUUCAGCAAGGCUGAGGGCCAUUUGAAACAGAUGGAGAAAAUAUAUACCCAGCAAAUACAGAGCAAGGAUGUGGAAUUGACCUCUAUGAAAGGAGAGGUCACUUCCAUGAAAAAAGUGUUAGAAGAAUACAAGAAAAAGUUCAGUGAUAUCUCUGAGAAACUUAUGGAACGCAACCGCCAGUAUCAAAAGCUCCAAGGCCUCUAUGAUAGCCUUAGGCUGCGAAAUAUCACUAUUGCUAACCAGGAAAGCAACCUUGAACCAUCUACGAUUACACAGGCUGGUGUUUUUGGUUUCCCACUAGGGAGCAGUUCCAAGUUUCCUUUGGACAGUACAACAGUUGGAAAUCGGGGUGGUGGAGAUGAAGAUUUUCAGUUCAGACCAUUUUUUGUGGGUUCUCCCUCAGCACCUGAGCCCAGCAACAGCUUUUUUAGUUUUGCCUCUCAAAGUCAUGAAUUAGAGCAGCAGCAAGUAUCAAGCAGAGCCUUCAAAGUAAAAAGAAUUUAAUUUACUUUACACAGUGUCUGUGUUUGUCUUCAGUAGUUUCACUUAUCAUAUGAUCUUUAUGCUCCAUAGAAGCCAUCAUUGUCUCUGAGCUAUCAAGGCUUUAAGCUGUCUUCACAUCUUUAAUUUACAAGAAAUUCUGUGGCAGUUGGGGAUGAGGGUGCCUUUAGUGUCUAGUUUCUUUGUUUCUAUUAUUUAAAGCAGGAGCAUUUUAUUAAUCUCGAUUUUUACAUGUACUGUUGAAUUUUUAUCACUGGUGAAAAGGUCACAACAUUAUUUCAUAGACCCCUGUUUCUUCCCAGUAGUUUUUUUAUUUUUUUGUUUUUUUUUUUUUUUCUGGUACCAGGAAUCGAACUCAUGACCUCGUGCUUGCCAGGCAAGCACUGUGCUGCUGAGCUAAAUUCCCAGCCCCUUCCCAGUAGUUUCUGACUGAGCUUUGCAUCCAUGAAUGUGUCUAUAACCACCGAUUAUAUGUCCUCAUGUCACUUUGGAUUUUGGUAUUUAUGCAUAUAUGUCUAUGGAAGUAUGUUCAUUGAUAUUUUGUUGUAUUUGCCCAUAUAUUUGUGUGAAAAUUUUAGUCUUAGAAAAUGGUAAAUGAUCUGUGUCUUGCUAUUUGUAUUUUUUGUAUUUGCACUUUUAUUAAAAUAAUUUUAAGGACAUUA